CAAUUAGUUCCCGCCAUAAUGUCUAACUUCAUACAUCACGGUGGGCGGGGAAUGGCAGAACCAACAUGUUAUUAUUUCAGUCAGUUCGCUUUUACAGGCAGAAGUGCACACGUACAACAAAAUAAAUAUUCAGGAAGACUGUCUUAUGACAACCGAGGAAAGUAGCGUCUACCAAACUCACCGCAUUAGUACGUUAGCCGCCAACGAACGCAACAGGUGUAAAGACAGAUACUUAUAACAACAAAAAUAAACACGACGUCACUCUACUGAAAAGGAAACCGACAACCAUUGAGGAAUUCUUCAAAAAUGUCAUGACGGACAGAUCAUUCACCGACACAGACACAACAUGCAGAGAUAGCUAAAAAUAAAAUAGGUAUCACGGCCGUCCACAGCGGCCACGAAUUAUUACCAUUUCACGCGGGAAACGACUCGAGUGCCGUGAAUAUUUUGUUAAUAAAAGUUGUAAUUUUUAAAUUAUGAGCAUAGAACGCAGAUCGUGCGUGAACCAGGCGCCGCACGUCACCAAGCGCUUGCUUGCCAUCAUCGUGCUGCUGACGGGCCUGCUGUGUAUGUUCGGAGGCUAUCUACUGGGGCGGAUGGCUCGCGUGGAACCGAGGAAAAACACCGAAAUGUUGACCUACAACCUAACAUUACUAGCAGACAGUAUUUACAAGAAAGCAAAGAGAAUACCACCGAAACUCCUUCAUCAGAACGAUCCAGACAAAAUACAAAUUAGACUAUUUGAAAUCUUCAAUUGUACGCAACUCUGCGGUGCUUUGAACAAAUAUAAUCUGGCAGAGUUUGUCAAGAAUUCUAUUAAUUUCCAAGUGACGAAAUUAAUGAAGUCUGUAAAUAACGCAUCCGUCUAUUUGGAUAGUCUUAGCUGACAUUUGGAACUAUUACUUUUUAUGAUAAUUAUUCGUAUGUUUAUGGACCAUUGAUUUGCAAAGUAAUUUCCACUUUAUGUACUAAAUUAAGGUUACAUUAACUGAAGCUUUUAAUUAGAUAAAUUACAGUAUUGUAAAGAUGGCUGUUAUGAAGGUCGAGGCAGCUUCGUUGCGCUGAUUUACAUGCUAUUUAAUUCGCCCUGUCGAGAGGAAAAAGUUUAGUUUAUUAUUUAGGUGAUAAUUUUGAUAUGAUAACUCAGAUCGAAUCAGUAAUUAAUUAUUAUGUUAUCGGCUUACUCACGUAAUGUUUUGACGAUUAACUCGACUAGUUUCAAGCCAUGCAAGAGGCUCAUAUUCAUGAGGAGCAUUUGGCGACACACGUACACGUAAGCCGAUAACAUAAUAAUUAAUUUAGUAUGUCUCACGAAAGUUACAAUAAAAUCAUCGAAUCAGUAAGUUUGUUUUUCUGGAAAAUCUUAUAUUUUAUUGAAAAAUUAAUCUUAGAUUUCAUUAUAACUUUCGUGAGGCAUACAUACUAAAUUAAUUAUUAUGCUGUCGCGCUUUCGACGCUAUCGUAUCAAUCACCACGUCGUGGAUCGCGAAAUACUACUCAUGAAUAUGAGCCUCUAUUAUGGCUUGAAACUAGUCGAGUUCCUCGUUCAAACAGUUACAUGAGUAAGCCGAUAGCAUAAUAAUUAAAAAUAAAAAUAAUCUUAUUGUAUUAAUCGUCUGAAUCUAUUAAUCGUCAAGUCGCACAAAUACAUAACUGAUUAUGUGUAUACCUAUAGGUAUUUAUUCUAUGUUUUACCUACCGACCAGUACAUAAUGUAAGGUGGGUAGGUAUUAUUUUGUUUUUCUGUAUAAUGAAGUAAUGAUGAAUGAAAUACUUACUCUAAGCUGUGGUCUUAGACAAACUUAGAUUCAUGUUCUGAGGAAAUGAGGGCUACCGUUUUUUUAUUCACAUAUGGCGCAAAAAUAAGAAGGGCUUUUUUGUCCAAUCACAGCAGCUACCAAGUAACGAACGUCCAAUGGUGUGGUCCCGUGUGACACUUGCUAAAUCGCUAUUGGACGAAAAUUCGAAGUUCACACUUGAGCCAUUUGGAGAUCAAAAAUGCGAUAGGCCUCAUUAAAUGUAGGUAUAGGCACAGAAUAAUAAGUACAAGGUUUAGGUACUAGGCUAUGGGAAGAUUGUAAAGAAAAUAAAAUGUUCUGAAAAUGUGUAGGUAAGCUACCUGUAUUCUGUGAGUAUUUGCAAGGAUUACGUGUAAUUUUAAAAUAAAAUAGAGAUUGCAUUCAGUAUGUUCUAUUUUAAUUGAAUAUAAAUCAUUUAGUUUAAA